GGCAACCGAAAGUGGGCGUUCCAAACAAUUGGGAACCGGGAUCCUCCGCGUGCGUUGUGUGCGGCUGCGCGGGCUUUCCAUCCUUCACACCAGCUUCUCACUCCGCAUUUUACCAUGCCUUUCACCCGAGACCCUUUCCAGCACCCUACGUUGGAUAACGAUGAGACCUACCUGAGAAAACUCCGGGCUUCCAAGAAACUGCCAUAUAAGAACCCAGCUCACCUUGCUCAGCAACAGGAACCCUGGAGUCGGCUCAGCUCAACUCCCACAAUCACCUCCAUGAGGCGGGAUGUUUAUUUUUUUGAUCCUGAGAUACCAAAGGAUGACCUGGAUUUUCGCUUAGCAGCCUUGUACAACCACCACACAGGGACAUUCAAGAACAAAAGUGAGAUACUCUUACACCAGGAGACUACCCAGGAUACCCAUGGAAUCAUCAAGACCCAAUUCCCUGGAGAACUUUUACCCCCUCCUCCACCACCUUCCAUCACUUCCCGGUCUAACAUCAGAUACUGGAUCAACCCUAAGAAGGAGUCUAUCCACAGCAUCCAGGGAUCCAUAGUGUCCCCUCACACUGCAGCCACCAAUGGAGGCUACUCCCGAAAGACUGAUGGUGGCUUCUUCUCUACCUAAUGUUAACAGGCCCCUGGACUAAUUAAUCAUAGUGGAACAUCUGCUGCCCAUCUCCAUUAAAUAGAUUUGUGCUGGAUGAA